CCGCCGCCGCCGCCCGCGCCCAUGGAGUUCAAGCUGGAGGCGCACCGCAUCGUGAGCAUCUCGCUGGGCAAGAUCUACAGCGCGCGGGGCCAGCGCGGCGGCCUCAAGCUGCACAAGAACCUGCUGGUGUCGCUCGUGCUGCGCAGCGCGCGGCAGGUCUACCUGAGCGAGCCCCCCGAGGAGCCGCCCUGCGCCGCCGCGUGGCCCCCCGCCCAGGAGGAGCCGGAGCCGCCGCCGCCGCCGCGCGAGGAGGCGCCUAGGGGCGGCCCGUGGGACUGCGGGGGCCCGCGCGCGCCGCGCUGCUGCUGCGGCGGCGGCGGCGGGUGCGCGGCGGGCGGAGGCGUCGCGGCGCUGCCCGGCUGCUCCCGGAAACGCGGCGCCGCCGAGCGCGCCCAGCCCGCCGCGCCCCUCAAGAAGCCCCGGCGCGAGGCCGAGGAGCCGCCGCCGCGCGAGCCGCCGCAGCCGCAGGAGGACAUGGAGACGGGCAACGUGGCCAACCUCAUCAGCAUCUUCGGCUCCAGCUUCUCGGGACUGCUCGGCAAGGAGCCGCCGGGGCGGAGGCGCCGCGACGGCAGCGAGGCGGCGGGCGGCGAGGCGGGCGAGCCGGGGCAGAUCUGCUGUGACGAGCCGGUGCUGCGGACCCUCAACCCCUGGAGCACGGCCAUCGUGGCCUUCUGACACCGCGAGCCACAGACUCGGCCCGCCGCCGGCACGGGGGCAGCGCGCGGAGCGUGCGGGGUGGCCCCCCGCCGCCUCGCCUUUUAAGCUGGGAAAGCGUUUAUUAAAUAAAGUCUCUAUUUUGGAAAGGCCUAGGUCAGGAAUCUUACACGGUGCUUUUAGAAAGUGUUCAUGGAGAGGAACGAAGUUUACAGGCGUUUCUGGGGGGGUGUGGGAGGGUGGAAAGUCCGCAAGCCUCUCGGCUUCGGCUCGGUGACCCCCAGGCCUUUGUUGUAUAAAGGCCCGGGGCUCUCGCGGGGGUUUUGUACAGUGUUUUCCUUUGGUGAUGUAUCUCGUUUUUGGUUUUUUUUGUAUGAAAUGUAAUGCUACGUGUACAACACGU